GUAACAUCUGUGACGGCCCAGCAUGAUAAAUGCACAAAGUCGGAAACACAAAAGCAGUUUAAUGCGAUGACUGAUACAAUUCAAAAUUUAUUUGGUACGCUUGAUACAAUCAUGAAGGGAAUCGAGUCAUUAGUCAGCAGUCAAACAGACAUGAUGAGUAAGAUUCAAUGUAUCGAAGCGACAAUGGGAGAACCAACCAAAAGAAUUAAGAUGGCUUGUAACCAAACUGGAAAAUGGAAAGAGAGACGGUUAAAUUGCACGAAAAUUAACAAAUGCGUCGACCUGGCUAUACCUAAAAACGCCAGGAUGGUAGCUGGCCGCCUAACGGACAACAGUGUGGGGGAUUCCACGGUCUUCGAAUGUGAGGAAAGUUUCAAAGCAUUUGGCAAAAAGGAAAUCAGAUGUCUGAAAGGUGGCAGUUGGAGUGAUCGACCAGUACAAUGCAAAGCCAGUGGCAAAUGCCCAGACAUUUUCCCAGGUGACACCCGAGGUUUGAUAUUGCUAACAGGCAAACCAAGCAAUAAUGUAUACGAGGACCAAGUUACAUUCACGUGUGAACCUGGAUUAGUGCUAUGGGGCGACGAUCAGAUCAAGUGUAUGUUCGAAUCUGUAUGGACACAGAAAACGCCUAUAUGCAUAAAAAUGAGUUUAACAGAGUGUCCGGCCCUUAGUAUUCCUGAAAAUGGUUACAUCACAAACGGCAAACUGUCAAACAACACAAUUGGUGAUUCGGUAACGUUUGUGUGUGAUCCAGGGUAUACACUCGAUGGAAGUCCAACAUUGACAUGUUUAAAACGAAGCACUCUUGCCAGUCCUUGGCUUCCUUGGAAUUUUACUGAUGGAUUGGUAUGGGAUAUCACCAUGCCUGUUUGUAGACUGUCAAAUACAGGGGACUGCCCUGACCUUGUUUUGCCAAAACAUGGAUAUUUGAUUGGUGGCGGACACCUCACCGGAAACAAAGUGGGAGAUCGAAUUGUUGGUUCUUGCAGGAAGCCAUACGUGAGAGAAAAGGGAAGACGAGCACUAGAAUGCCUGUCAGAUGGAAAUUGGGACACAAUUAUGUUCAAGUGCCUUGAAAGUAAAUUUACAUGUCCUACCGUUACUUUGGAUACGAACAGCAAAUUGGUUGUCCUUCGCGGACAGCUUUCUGGUAAUAAAUACUCUGAUAGCAUUGUUUUUGGCUGUCAGUCUGGCUACGCUAUUCUUGGAAAUAUUUAUUAUAUGGUCUGUCACAAGACUGGUAGAUGGGCUCAACCAAUUCCAGUUUGCAAAGAAUCUGGCUGUAUGUCUUUAGAGACUGUUCUGGAACAUGGUACAGUGAAGGGUACCGUCGAAUCUGGUAGAUAUUCAAAUGGGGCAACACUAAGGUACGAAUGUGAUGAAUGUUAUCAACUUAUCGGAGCUGACAGUCGAACCUGCCAGAUGACAGGGGUGUGGUCCCCAGUACAUCCUCCAAACUGCAUAGAACCUGAUGGUGUUCUGACUCCUGUUGUUGUAGAAUCUGGGAAUAUUCUGACGCAUGUUGUUGUAGAACCUGGGGAUGCAUUGCUCUGA